CCCCCGUUGUUUUGUGGUCGGUCGUGCUGCUUUCCAUCCAAGCAAGCCGGCAUUUCAGUCUGGACGAAAUGCUGAAGACUUUGAACGUGAUGUUCCUGGCCUUGUCCACGGUGUGGGGUUGCAAGAAAUCGGAGUUCUCUUGUGAUUUUGGCAGCAGGUGCAUCGGCGUGGACAAGUUCUGCAACGGUGUCCAGGACUGCGGAGACUCGACGGACGAACCGCCGAAUUGCGUACGGAAUUUGUUGGAGAUGGCAGUGAGUUACGAAUUCCAACGAUCUUCUAAACAACGCGUCAUCGCUGCUUGCAACCGGACGUAUCACGGAGAGGUCGGACAUACCUAUGACCUGGAGAUCAGACGACCCGCAGAGGAUGACGACGGUCUACCCUUUCUGUGCCAUUUAAAUUUCACAGCUCUGGGCAAGAACCACGGAGAACUUGUGCAGUUGAGUUUUGAUGCGUUCUCUGUGGGGACGUUCGAAUCGUUCACGUCGCAGGGUUGUCCCGACGGGUUCAUAUCGAUAACGGAAAGCAAUAGACCAUCGCUGGGUGGGAAAUGGUGCGGCAGCUCCUGGGGUUACACGGUAUACUACAGCGAAACGCCGUCCAUAAAUUUGACCCUUUUCAUCGAGCGCUUACCGCCUCAACAGGCUUCCGGCUACAAUACGUUCGAGUUCAAAUUAUCGUACAAAUUUCUGCGUUUGAGCGACGCCCGGAUUCGAUAUGGAAAUGUUUCCCAGAGGUUGUACAGAGGGAAGCUGCAUGCAGGGACCUACUGCGAUCGUCUGUUAGAGGGUUGCAAUAAACGGAGCUGCAGGAUCCAAUCUCCGAAUUAUCCGGGUAUUUAUCCGAGGAAUGUUAGUUGUAAUUACCGGAUAAGGGAUAGAAGCGCGCCGCCUGGGAAGCACGCUUUAAUAGCGGUGCGACAGGCUAAUACGAACGUCUUCAAAGGUCUGGUAACGAAGUUCGAUAACAGCGAUCGAGUCUUCAGGAUCUGGGAUAGAUGCAACGUUAUUCAGGAUUACAUCGAGAUCACCGAUGGAUGGGAGCAGUCCGCUCCGAUUCUGGUGCAUUUGUGCAGCGGCGAGAGCAUGCCGGAAAUCGUGAGCUCCGGACCGGAAUUGCUGCUGAAAUUCAGGACUUCGCCUUACGGCAAUCCCUUUCAUCCUUUGCCAUUAUCGCAUCUGCCCGGAUUCGAAUUGGAGGUGCAAAUAUUCUACGUGAACAAGGAGUCGCCCACGUACAUUGAGCAGGGGAAAAAGUGCGAAUUCUUGGUGAGCGCCUUCGAGAAUCCCAGCGGAAUAUUGGAGAGUCCUGUGCAUUCGCUUCCACCGAACACGACGUGCCACUAUUACUUCCGUGGACAUCGGCACGAGGUGGUCUGGAUAUCGUUCAUCAAGUAUCACGUAGCCGGAGAGAAAUACAACGAGGCGGAUUGCGAUGUGCAGCUUCAGCUGUGGGACGGCGAUAUCAAGACCAAGAACGUGCCGCUCAUGGGUCAGUUCUGCAAGGACGAGCGGCCCAAAUUGUGCGAUCAUCUGCUGCUGAAUAAUUCAACGCGCGUGACGCGUUCGUGCAAUCUAAAAGAGAGCUACGUGUCCACGAAAUCUGAUUUAACGAUAGCGCACACCAUCCGGUACGGGAACGUGCUGUACCCAUCAAGCUUCGUCAUCCGAUACGAAUUCGUCGAUCUUUCGCAGGAGGGCGUCCAGGCUUCCUCUAUGAAUCCCUGCGAGAGGAUCAUGAGGGCUCCAUCCGGCCGCUUCCAUUCCCCGAGAACGACGUUCCUGUUCGGAAGAGGCGGAAAUGCGAAGCUCAACUGCGCUUACCAUUUCGAGGCCGGAGAUGGUAAACGCGUCGAGCUCCACUUCACCGGAAUACACUUGGGAAAGAAACGGUGUUACUCUUAUAGAGAUCCGGAGAGCGGUCGCUGGAAAUGUAAGAGCUUCGGUGAUCAAGGCCUGGCUCAGAUUCACAUCAGCGAAUAUCCUUGGAAGGGCGUCGAGAUUAAGAGGGAUUGCCUGUGCGGCAAUCUGAGCGAAGCGUCGAUAUCCACUCGAACGGGUCGCAAAGUCGUCGUAGGUUUCGUCGUAACCGGUAUGAACGUUAGCGAAGAUUUCAGGGAUUACCAUUUCGAGGGAAGUUACGAGUUCCUCGGCGCCGGAGAAAACAGAUGCUUGAAUCCGUGGAAGGGUCGAAGACUGAAAGGGAGCAGCGGAGAAAUCACCGUGCAUAUUGGAAACGGCGAGAACGGCACUCUCGGUUACUGCACGAAUCAACCGUGGCUCAUAGAACCCGAGGAUCCGGUCAGUAAUUUCCUGUAUCUGAAGAUCCGCGGAUUCGAGAUGCGGAAUUCAACGAUGUGCGGUAGCAAGAACCGAAUCCUGGUUCACUCUCCGAGCGAGGAAGAGGUAAAAGUGAUUUGCCCAGAUGCCGAGGACAGUUUCGAGACGCUUUCCAAGGGCUGGAGUUAUUACUCCUUCGAGAACAUCCGUUUCCGGCAUUCGCGCAGCUUCGUCGUCGAGUUUCUGCAGCGAGAACCGUUCGGAAGCUUCGCGGUCAACUGGAUGGAGAUCUCCAAGAACCCAGCGUUGACGCUUCCCAGCGGAAUGUUGACUAUAAAACCGCCAGCCUGUCAGCACACUUGUCCGGAAAUUGGAGCCUGCAUUAGUUCGGAUCUCUGGUGCGACGGCUUGGCGCAUUGUCCUUCCGCAUACGACGAGGAGGGAAUAAACUGCGCCAACCAAAGCUCCAUCAAUACCAUUCUAACUACGGUCGCCUUCGUCGCAUCCACCGUGCUCAUCGUUGCGUUGACCUUCGGAAUUUCCCUUUGUUUCUGGCAACACAGACGGAGAGAACAGAAGAGCGUGAUAGUGUCAGUCACUGAACACACCUUCCUCGAAUUCAAAAGCGGCUAUUGUUGAGAAGCACAUAGAUAUACGUAC